GAAACUCAACAUAGUAGUACACAAGCUGCUUUCACUAUUAGAACACCAAAAAAAGAUAAGCAAACAAAUAAGCUAACAAUAAAUAGCAAUUCACAAAACAGUCAGAUUGAAAAUAACAAUGUAAGUGCCGGGCAAUUGUAUGAACAAGAAGAUACAAAGCGUCAACGUAGAGUUACAAAUGAUAAUAAAAAAAAAAUUCUUGAGAAUUUACUUAAAUAUGAUAAUUUCCCUGAAGAUAAAGCCAUCGAAAUAUUAAGACAACUUCAGGAACAAAGUAAUGACUGA